AUGGGCCAUGAGAAUCAAAGUGUGGUGACAGAAUUCAUCUUCACUGGGUUUUCCAGUUUCCCAGACCUGCAGGUCCCGCUGUUUGUGGUGUUCUCCCUCAUGUACUUGGCUAUUCUGGCGGGAAAUAUCAUCAUCGUUGUUACAAUAAAGCAUGACUCCAGUCUCCACAACCCCAUGUACUUCUUCCUCGCUGUCCUCUCUGGUUCAGAAAUCUGCUACACUCUUACCAUCAUCCCCAAUAUGCUUGUCAAUCUUCUAAGAGAAAAGGCAACUAUUUUGUUUGUUGGCUGUGCUGUUCAGAUGUGUUUGUUCCUGGGCUUUGCUUGCACAGACUGUAUGCUCCUCACGGUGAUGGGGUAUGACCGAUACGUGUCCAUAUGUAAACCUUUACAUUAUCCAAAUCUGAUGAACCCGAGCUUCUGUACUAAGCUGGUUGUCUUUUCGGUAACAACCGGUUUCCUUUUUUCUACCGUGGAGACAUAUUUCAUAUUUACCUUGCCGUUCUGUGGGUCGAAUAAAAUCCAUCAUUUCUUUUGUGAUUUAGCACCUUUGCUUGAGUUGGCCUCUGGCCGAAAUUAUAUAGGGGAAAUUGUCAUUUUUGUCAUUUGUUUCUUGGUGGUGGUUUUCUCAUUCCUUCUGGUCAUUCUCUCAUAUCUUUUAAUCUUAAACACAAUACUGAAAAUCCCCACAGCAGAGGGUAAGCGCAAGGCAUUUUCAACUUGCGCCUCCCAUCUCAUUGUGGUUGUUGUGCAUUUUUUAUGCGCUUCCAUUAUUUACCUGAGGCCCCAAUCCAGGUACACGUUGAAUGAGGACACGCUGAUCUCCGUCACGUACACACUGGUGACUCCGCUGCUGAACCCUGUCGUUUAUACCUUGAGGAACAAGGACGUCCAAAUAGCUCUCAGGAAAUCCCUGGGCAGAUGCACAUGCAGCCGGAAGAUGUGA